CCGGGCGACGGGGCUUGCGGCCUGUCCGCGUGUCUAAGGCAACGGACGAAGGGCGACGUUGGGCGGUUUCCCCCUCUCUCUCUCUGCUUUCUGCUCGGGGGCUCCUUGACAGCAAUGGCGGUGCGGGCCAGCUUCGAGAAUAACAACGAGAUCGGCUGUUUCGCCAAGCUCACGAACGCCUACUGCCUGGUGGCCAUCGGGGGCUCAGAGGGCUUCUACAGUGUUUUUGAAGGGGAGCUUUCGGAUACCAUCCCUGUAGUUCAUGCUUCAAUUGCCGGAUGUCGAAUCAUUGGCAGAAUGUGUGUGGGAAACCGGCAUGGCUUGUUAGUCCCAAACAAUACCACGGACCAGGAGCUUCAGCACAUCCGAAACAGUCUUCCAGACUCCGUACGAAUUCAGCGGGUGGAAGAGCGCCUCUCUGCCUUGGGCAAUGUCACUACGUGCAAUGACUAUGUAGCACUUGUCCAUCCAGACAUUGACAGAGAGACAGAAGAGAUUUUAGCAGACGUACUAAAAGUGGAAGUAUUUAGGCAGACGGUAGCAGAACAAGUGUUGGUGGGAAGUUAUUGUGCUUUCAGCAACCAGGGAGGACUUGUGCACCCCAAGACUUCCAUUGAAGACCAGGAUGAGCUCUCCUCAUUGCUACAAGUCCCACUUGUGGCUGGAACUGUUAACCGUGGCAGUGAGGUGAUUGCAGCUGGAAUGGUUGUGAAUGACUGGUGUGCCUUCUGUGGCCUGGACACAACCAGCACAGAGUUAUCUGUUAUUGAGAGUGUCUUUAAACUCAAUGAAUCACAGCCAAGUACCAUUGCUACUACUAUGAGAGAUUCUUUGAUUGACAGCUUGACAUGAUCUGCUGCUCCCUGACCACCACAGAAGCACUGAAGGCCAGAUUAUGAUCUUGAUUGCUCACUGAAGUAAAUGCUCUGUUUAUUACUCUGCAGACCUAGACCAGGAAGGGUAUACAACAAUCAGCAUUUCUAAACUACAAUGUUACACACCUGUGCCCCUUUUUGUUACUUCUGCUAAUAUGGCCUGCUUUCAUUAAUUCAUGAGAUAAUUUUCGAAUUGCGACUGUAUGUUAUCGAAAAAUGUUUAAAAAUGUCAUUACAUGUAAUAAUGGUUAAAAAACAAAAGAAAAUGGUUUUCUCCUUCUGCAUUCACCGGCAUGUGCCUGAACCAGCUAUCAUUUCUCGAUCAGACACAGCUGGGAUUUCUACUGGAUCAUUUUUACAUAGCCUGCAGCCUAGAUUAAUGUAGCUGUCUUAUGUAAAUUUGGUAGUCAGACACUGCCUGUUAAAAGGACUGAAAUAAGCCAUGGAGCUUUUUGCCAUAACCCUAUAAUUCUGUAAAGCCAACAUGUGCUAGCAGUUCUCUGAAAUGACACUGGCCUUUAUCUGUGGAGGAAGACCAGGUGAAAGACCAAUCCAUCCCUCUGCUGAAGUUAUGAAGAGCCUUUACUUUAGAGAAAAUAGCCUGGGUGGAAAUAAUUUAUUUUGACCUCUUUGUUGUAUGCACACUUCCUUAACAAUUCAGUCAUAAGAAACUACUUUGCAACCUGUAUCUUAAGCCUCUUAUGAGGCUCUGCUUUGUUGCGCAGCGAUAGAAACAAUCCUUGGAAGUAGGUGAUGGUGUCACUUGGUUGAGGCUUAAUGCCAAAGGCAGUUAAAACUAAUAAACCUUAAAGCUAGAAACUGUUGUUCUGGACAUUGAUACUGGUAUUCAGUAUAAGGGAUGAGGGCUGCAUCAAAGAGAUCUGAAAGAACACAUAAGUUUUGUUAAACAAUCUGGCUUUUACUUGAAAACUUUCCAUAGCUACUUUAUGAUUUCAUAGCUUUCCCUGCUGCAGUUUACUGGCCAAAGUACCUGUUUCAAUUGUGCCAUCUAUCUUUUCUCAUUGUUCCUGGCUAUUACAAAAUCACCCCUGUCUUCCUCUGUAAGGUGAUCCAGCACACUCUACUCCAUGUUUUACUACAUCUAGCUCAAACACAUCCCAGUAAUGAAUCAUGGUGCAAGUUAAAAGCAGCUGAAGGUGUAUUACACUGGAGUGGGGAAUCUUUGAUCCUCCAGACAGUUCUAAAAUACAGCACCCAUCAUCUCUGAUUAUUGGCUAGGCUGGCGGGAGUUGGGAGUCCAAUAACAUCUUAGCAUCCAUAUAUGCCUUUAAGUGCAGCCACAUUGAAUAAUAAUUGCUGAACCACUGUAUCCCAGAUGUGAGUGCAGUGACAUUUGAUUUAGCUAUCUGACCCACAGAUGACAACUAAGAGAUUGAGUGUGCACAAAGGACUAGACAUUUUCUUCUGCCAUGUGGCUAUUUUUCUGAGAGCAGCCAGACUGCUCUGUGAAGCAAAUGUAACCUUCUGCAGCAGCCUUUAAAUGUUAGCAAAAGUUAUGGAUAGAAUGUUUAAGAAAAGGGGAACAAAUAACUUACGCAGUAACCAGUAGGAAAGAGACUACUUGGUUUUUUAAAAAAAUCUAUUAUGAAUAUGGAAGAAAUGGAAAGUACAUUUAACACCUUAAGUGUGGAAUCUAGAAACAAGCUCCCAUCAACAGAUUAGAAAAGCAAAAUAUUUCUGCCUGAAAACAGCAAAAAACAAAAACUCUGAAAUCCAGGAGGACCAGAAAUGUAACACCUUAGGAGCAGGCAGAUUUAUUGGAAUAUUAAUAAAUUGGCCAGUCUCAAAUUUUUAGAGAGUUUGGAAACAACAGAUGCUGUUCAAGUGUCCUGACAAGCAUUCAUUUAAAAAUGUAUGACAAGAUGACAAUCUCCUUUAAUAAAUGUGCUGGUGUUUGAUUUCAUGA